GUUAACUUGUAUGUGGCCAUCAGUUACUGUGUGUACCUCUUGACUGUACUUAAUAACAAAAUACUUUAGGAGAAUGGCUACAGUGAUAUUUGUGUUCGUGCUCGCCGUUCUGACGAAUCUUUCAGAAUCCUACUCUAUUCCAUACCAUCCUGGCAAUGCAAUUGAAGAUUCCUGGCCAUAUGAAUGCAAGGGAAGAAAUUACUGUUGGAUACAAACCGAGGGGUACAAAAACCUACAAAAGAUAUUCGACGAUGUUUUAAGUGGACAAUACAUGCAAUAUGCACCAGAAGAUAUUAGCGACCGGGACGGUGAUGUGCUAGACGUUGGAAACUGCAAACCAUCUAUGCCUGACCGCAAGAAAAUAUACAUGAUCAAAGACGAAGAUGGUACGGUCUGGUAUGUCCCGCACACCGCCAACUACAGCGUUUCGAUCCAAAUCGAGGAAUGCGGAAAACACACACGCCUUACGCCAGAUGAUCAACUUGGUUUGAACGACUAUGAGUUGUUGAAGAGACAUGUUUACUGCGUCGAGCAAAGAGUGGACUUUCCAUUCCCCGUACUGUACCAGGAUGGCGGCAAAUAUGGUGUCAAGCUGAUGUCACCUGCGAGAGGGAUUCCACUGAGUUGCUCCACUAAAAUACUUAAACAUUGACAGACUGUUGAUGAGACCAUGGAAAAGAUUUUGGAUAAUAAAAGUCAACAUUUAGGAUAAGUGCUCUCUGGAAGUUACUAUACCAGGGUGCGUAGCUGAAUGGCACAAACGCUCACGAAACGCUCACGAAACGAAACGCUCG